UCUCUCUCUCUCUCAUUUAGAUUGAAACCCUAAGCAUUUGCGGUACAAUGUCGACCGGUGAAAUUGCCUGCUCCUACGCCGCCAUGAUUCUUCACGAUGAUGGCAUCCCAAUCACUGCUGAGAAGAUUGGUACUCUGCUGAAGCCUGCAAAUGUGAACGUGGAGGCGUUCUGGCCCAACCUCUUUGCCAAGCUUGCGGAGAAGAAGGAUCUCGGUGAUCUCACCAUGAAUGUUGGAUGUGGCGGCGGUGCUGCAGCUCCGGUAGGUAUGGAUGCCCUGGCUUCUGCUGCUGCCGCUGCUCCCAAGGCUGAGGAGAAGAAGGAGGAACCAGAGGAAGAAAGUGAUGAUGACAUGGGUAUCAGCUUGUUCGAUGACUAGAAGAAAGUGCUCAAGAAGUUUAGUAGACCUAUUCUAGAAAGUUUAUAAUUUUGCCUAUUGCGUAUCCAUAUCUAUAUAU